UUGGCGCGUGCAGUUGCAAGGCGCGCGUUUUAACGUUCUACUUUUUAACGGAAAUAUUCAAAAAAAUUCAAAUCAAGUUUCCGAAAAAAUUGAUAAAUAUAGUGUAACUAUUUGCGAUACGAGCACAGACUUAUCGUACGAAACUGAGCGUGCGACUGGAGCAAGUCCGCGUCCAGAUAAGUGACCAGAAUUAAGUGGAUUCUGUAUCGUGCAACUAGACGCUGCCUCAGCUUCCGCCUGGCCCGUUUUUAUCGCUGCGGCAAUUUUAAUUGCCUGCCCGACGACAGUUUUGAGUUACGCUCCAAGCAGCUCGGUUGAUCAGCAUGAUGCACUCGCUCUGGCCGCUGACUGUGCUCUGCCUGUGCCUGGCCAGCCUUCUACAGCUGACAGCCGGCCAGUGGGUGCACUGUCCCGCCGGCUGCACGUGCCUCGCGCGCACCGUGCGCUGCAUUCGCGCCCGACUCAAAGUGCUGCCACAGCUGCCGCAGGACACACAAGUGCUAGAUUUGCGCUUCAAUCAGUUUGAGGAGUUGCCGCCCAUGGCAUUCAAUGGACUUGGCCAACUGACGACGCUCUUCCUGAACGACAACCAGCUGGCUUAUGUGCACGAGGAUGCCUUCAAGGGGCUGACGGCGUUGCGGUUCCUCUACUUGAACAAGAAUCAGCUGAGCCGCUUACCCGCCAGCAUCUUUCAGCAUUUGCCAAGAUUGGAGGCGCUCUAUCUGGAAGACAAUGACAUUUGGCAACUGCCCGCUGGUCUCUUUGACAAUUUACCCCAUUUGCAUCGACUCUUUCUGCAUAACAACAAGCUGAACAGUCUACCGCAGGAUAUGUUCAACAAAUUGCAUAGCCUGAAGCGUUUGCGUUUGGAUGGCAACCCGAUUGAUUGCAAUUGCGGUGUCUACUCGCUCUGGCGUCGCUGGCAUCUGGAUGCACAGCGUCAACUGGUGAGCAUCACGUUGACCUGUGCUCAGCCCGUCGCGUUGCAGCGUCAGAGUUUCUCCAGCCUCACGGAGUCGCAUUUCCAUUGCGCCAAGCCGCAAUUGCUGGUUGGUCCACAGGACAUGCUUGCCAGCGAAGGUGACACCGUGGACAUGCUCUGCGAGGUGGCUGGCCAGCCCAGGCCGGAGCUCAUCUGGAUGCAGAACACCAACGAAAUCGGUGUGGAGCUGGCGCCGCACAUGCUGGUUCUGCCAAGCGGCGCAUUGCGCAUCAACGGCGUCACCCCAAAUGACAUUGGCAUCUACGAGUGCAUUGCGCGCAAUGAAAUGGGCGAGAUCAAGUCACAGCCGGUACGCAUGUUGGUUAGCAGCAAUGCCGACAACAGUUUGGACAGCCUGCAUGGUCACGUGGAGAACGCCAGCGGCAGCAAUCAGGUGUGGGCUGCGGAUGUGGAUGCGACACCAGCGCCACCUCGUUUCAUUCAACAGCCGCAGGACCAAAUUGUGGCAUUGCAUGGGGCCGGGCACGUGCUGCUCGAUUGCGCUGCCAGCGGCUGGCCACAGCCAGACAUACAAUGGUUCGUCAAUGGCCGCCAACUGACCCAGUCCACGUCCCAGCUACAGCUGCUCGCCAACGGCAGCCUGGCCCUGCUCCAGCCCAGCCAACUGACGGCGGGCACGUAUCGUUGCGAGGCUCACAAUCGUCUGGGCAGCGUGCAGGCCACCGCCCGCAUCGAAGUCAAGGAUUUACCCGAAAUUUUAAUGGCACCACAAAACCAAACAAUCAAACUGGGCAAAGCCUUUGUGCUGGAAUGCGAUGCCGAUGGCAAUCCGUUGCCGAGCAUAACCUGGCAAUUCAAUGGCCAGCCACUAGCCAGCGACGGCGCCAGUGCGGACCUGCUGCUCGAGAACGAGAACACCGAGCUGGUGGUUAGCGUGGCCAAACAGCAGCAUGCAGGCGUCUAUCGGUGCACGGCGAGCAACGAGAACGGCGAGGUUAGCGCAGAGGCAACGAUUAAAGUGGAGCAGUCACAGUCACCGCCGCGCUUGGCCAUUGAGCCCAGCAAUUUGGUGGCCAUUACGGGCACCACCAUCGAGCUGCCCUGCCAGGCGGAGCAGCCCGAAGACGGCAUGCAGAUUGUCUGGCGGCGCGAUGGACGCCUCAUCGAUCCCAAUGUCCAAUUGACGGAGAAAUAUCAAAUAAGCGGCGCCGGCAGUUUGUUUGUCAAGAAUGUGACCAUUCUCGAUGGCGGACGCUACGAGUGCCAGCUAAAGAACAAAUUCGGCAGGGCCACCGCCUCCGCCCUGGUUACCAUCAGGAAUAAUGUGGAUCUGGCGCCGGGUGAUCGUUAUGUGCGCAUCGCCUUCGCCGAGGCAGCCAAGGAAAUCGACCUGGCCAUCAAUAAUACCCUGGACAUGCUCUUCUCCAAUCGCUCGACUCGUGGCCCACCCAACUAUGGCGAGCUGUUGCGCGUCUUCCGCUUUCCCACGGGUCAGGCCAGACAACUGGCGCGUGCCGCGGAGAUCUAUGAGCGCACGCUGGUCAACAUCCGGAAGCAUGUGCAGCGCGGUGACAAUCUGACCAUGGAGAGUGAACAGUACGAGUUCAGGGAUCUGCUCUCGCGCGAGCAUUUGCAUCUGGUGGCGGAGCUAUCCGGCUGCAUGGAGCACCGAGAGAUGCCCAACUGCACGGAUAUGUGCUUCCAUUCGCGGUAUCGCAGCAUUGAGGGCACCUGCAACAAUCUGAUGCAUCCCACGUGGGGCGCUUCGCUGACCGCCUUUAGGCGACUGGCGCCGCCCAUCUAUGAGAACGGCUUCAGCAUGCCCGUGGGCUGGACCAAGGGUCUGAUGUACGCGGGUCAUCCCAAGCCGAGUGCACGUCUGGUGUCCACCUCGCUGGUGGCCACCAAGGACAUAACGCCCGAUGCCCGUAUUACCCAUAUGGUUAUGCAGUGGGGUCAGUUCCUGGACCAUGAUCUGGACCAUGCCAUACCGUCGGUCAGUUCGGAGAGCUGGGACGGCGUCGAUUGCAAAAAGACCUGCGAGUUUGCGCCGCCCUGCUACCCCAUUGAGGUGCCACCGAAUGAUCCGCGCGUGAAGAAUCGCCGCUGCAUCGAUGUGGUGCGCUCCAGCGCUAUUUGCGGCUCCGGCAUGACCUCGCUAUUCUUCGACAGCGUGCAGCACCGCGAGCAGAUCAACCAGCUGACCUCCUACAUUGAUGCCUCCCAGAUGUAUGGCUAUAACACAGCCUUCGCCCAGGAGCUGCGCAACCUGAGCUCCGAUGAGGGUCUGCUGCGCGUCGGUGUGCACUUCCCCAAUCAGAAGGACAUGCUGCCCUUUGCCGCACCGCAGGACGGCAUGGACUGUCGCCGCAAUCUCGAUGAGAACCAGAUGAACUGCUUCGUGUCCGGCGACAUACGCGUCAACGAGCAGGUCGGUCUACUGGCCAUGCACACGGUCUGGAUGCGCGAACACAAUCGCAUUGCCAUCAAGCUGCGCGAGAUUAAUCCACACUGGGAUGGCGACACGCUCUAUCAGGAGGCGCGCAAAAUUGUCGGCGCCCAGAUGCAGCACAUCACCUACAAGCAGUGGCUGCCACUGAUCAUCGGGGAGAGCGGCAUGGCCCAGCUAGGCGAAUAUCGUGGCUACGAUCCCCAAGUGAAUCCCAGCAUUGCCAAUGAGUUUGCGACGGCUGCCUUGCGCUUUGGACAUACCAUCAUCAAUCCCGUGCUACAUCGCUUGAACUCCAGCUUCCAGCCGAUACCGCAGGGACAUCUGCAGCUGCACAAGGCCUUCUUUGCGCCCUGGCGUCUGGCCUAUGAGGGCGGUGUGGAUCCUUUGAUGCGCGGCAUGCUUGCUGUGCCCGCCAAGCUGAAGAAGCCCGAUCAGAAUCUGAAUACUGAGCUCACGGAGAAACUGUUCCAGACGGCGCACGCUGUGGCCCUGGACUUGGCUGCGAUCAACAUACAGCGUGGACGAGAUCAUGGCAUACCCGGCUACAAUGUCUACAGAAAGUUCUGCAAUCUGACCGUAGCUGCGGACUUUGAGGAUUUGGCUGGGGAGAUAACCAAUGCGGAUAUACGGCAGAAGUUGCGUGAACUUUAUGGCCAUCCGGAUAACAUUGAUGUCUGGCUGGGCGGCAUACUAGAGGAUCAGGUGGAGGGCGGCAAGGUGGGUCCACUGUUCCAGUGCCUGCUGGUGGAGCAGUUCCGACGCCUGCGUGAUGGCGAUCGCUUCUACUACGAGAAUCCGGGCGUCUUCCUGCCCGAACAGCUGGUCCAGAUCAAGCAGGCCAAUUUGGGCCGUGUGCUCUGCGAUGUGGGCGACAAUUUCGAUCAGGUUACCGAAAACGUGUUCAUUUUGGCCAAGCAUCAAGGCGGCUACAAGCCAUGCGAGGACAUUCCGGGCAUCAAUCUCUAUCUGUGGCAGGAGUGUGGCAACUGCAACAGCCUGCCGCCGCUCUUCGAAUCCUUUGUGCCACAGACCUACACCAAGCGUAGCCAGCGCCGGAAGCGUGAUGCCGAGCAGGAGGUGCCCACCGCUGAGAGCUAUGACAGUCCCUUGGAGGCGUUAUACGAAGUGAACGAGGAGCGCGUCAGCGGCCUGGAGGAUCUCAUCGGCAGCUUCCAGAAGGAGCUGAAGAAGCUGCACAAGAAACUGCGCAAACUGGAGGACUCCUGCAAUGCUGUCGAUGCCGAACCCGUCGCGCAGGUUGUCCAGCUGGCGCCUGCUCCACAGCCCGCUGUGGUGAAGCCGAAGCGCAGCCACUGCGUCGAUGACAAGGGCACCACGCGGCUAAACAACGAGGUCUGGACACCGGAUGUGUGCAGCAAAUGCAAUUGUUUCCAUGGCCAGGUGAACUGUCUGCGUCAACAGUGCGGCGAGGUCAGCUGCCCGCCGGGCAUCGAACCGCUGACACCGCCAGAGGCCUGUUGCCCGCACUGCCCGGUCAUGAGCAAGCCGGUCGACUGAGCUGGCCACUGGACACGGCAAUUUGCAUAUCGACUUAACAAUUAAUCAAACCCCCUUAAACUUAGUAGCCACAUUAACACUUAAAGGCGGAUUCCAUUUAGAUUUAACAGAAAAUCUUUAAAUAUACGAUUUUUAACGCACACAAAUGCAGUUGCAAAUGGAAUCUUGACGCGAUACGUCGUCACAUAGACAUUCUCCCAAUCGACGGUAACCGCCUACAACUCUAACCAUGACGCGCACAGAGCAAGCAAUUAAUUAAUUAACAAUUAACUAAAUAUUUACUGCUACACAUGUAACAAUAAAGCACAGUAUCAAAACUUA